UAACAAAUAAUUAUUUUGAACUUGUUUCAUUUUAUUUGUACUUCUACAAUUAAACAACAACAACACACUAUUACAGCAAAAUUAAUUAAAAUUAAUCAGUGCUUUAUUGUAGAUACGUAUAGCUAAAGUUAAUAUUGGGGCGUUUAGUCAACUAAGUGGCAAGGAAAAGUCGCCAAAAUGGAUUUCACAAGUUUUGCAAAACCCAGCAAUGCGGAUGCAAAUAAUGAGAAGAACACGGAUUUACACUUUUGGAAACAUGUUGAGUACAUUGAGAAUCAUGGAAAAGAUCAGGACGAUUACGAAUACUGCAUGACUGAAUUUCUACGCAUGUCGGGUAUAUAUUGGGGUGUCACAGCAUUAGAUAUCAUGAACCAGCUGGAUCGUCUGGAUCGUACAUCGAUAAUAGAUUUCAUACGACGCUGCCAAUGUCCAGUUACAGGCGGCUUUGCGCCAUGUGAAGGUCACGACCCCCAUAUAUUGUACACACUUUCUGCCAUACAAAUACUAUGCAUUUAUGAUGCUUUAAAUGAAAUAGAUUGUGAGGCAGUUGUGCGCUACGUAAGUGGUUUACAACAAUUCGAUGGCAGCUUUUUCGGUGACAAAUGGGGUGAGGUGGAUACGCGUUUUAGCUUUUGUGCCGUGGCCAUACUGACGCUAUUGGGACGUAUGGAGGGCACUAUUAAUGUGGAACGUGCAAUAAAAUUCGUAAUGUCAUGUUGUAAUCAAACGGAUGGUGGCUUUGGUUCCAAACCGGGUGCCGAAUCGCAUGCCGGUCUCAUCUACUGUUGUGUGGGCUUUCUUUCGCUGACACAAAGUUUACACCUACUCGAUAUUGACAAGUUGGGUUGGUGGCUAUGUGAACGUCAACUCACCUCAGGUGGCCUGAAUGGACGACCAGAAAAACUGCCCGACGUCUGCUACUCAUGGUGGGUGCUCUCUUCAUUAACAAUUAUGGGACGUCUGCAUUGGAUUAGCGCUGAGAAACUCAAGCAAUUCAUACUAACAUGCCAAGACAACGAAACUGGUGGUUUUGCCGAUCGCACUGGCAAUUUGCCGGAUAUAUUUCAUACACUCUUCGGCAUAGGUGCACUUUCGAUAUUGGGCUUUGAUGGACUCAAAGCGAUUAAUCCCACACUUUGUAUGCCGCAAUAUGUGAUCGAUCGUUUGGGUAUAAAACCGCAAAUAUUGUCAAAACCCUAAACGAGGAUGUGAAGUGAAAUAAAUGAUUCCAUGCAAGCCCAAAGCAUAUUCAGUUUUGCACAACUACAAAUAAUAAGUGAUUGAAAAUAAAGUUGUAAUUGCUUUAAUAUUGUAUUCUUUGUUUUUGUUUUUGUUAAGCCUGGUGUAGAGAAAAUGUAAACUCAAAUUGCUUUAAUUAUAUUUAAAUAGAUGGACCGUAGCAAAGAUAAAUUUUGAAAUGUUUGUUUACACUUAAGCACCGUUAGUUUAUGAAAUAGUCAAGAAAUACAAAUAAGACAACAGAAUUAAAGACAUAUAUUUUAAAAAGCCAUCAAAUGUACAACAAUAAAGUAAAUAUAUAAUGAAAACACGCAAAGAGUUAUUUAUUUUUGUUUUUACUGAAGGCGCAUUUCAAUGAUUCACAAUUGCUUUACACAUUGCAUGUCAUAAUAAACGAAGUGUUAUUUCACAACAAAAAAAUCAAAUAAAAAUUUCACAGAAAUGUUAAUUAUAGUUGUUUAUUAAUUUAUUUAUAAUUAUUUAAUAAAGUACAGUACAGCAUUAUAUUAAAUUGCCCUCAAUUAUGAAUACAUUUACACGAUCCAAACAAUAUACUAAUUCCAAUGCAAUCACAUAAGUUAAAAAAUCUUAUUUAUUUUAUAUAUACAUGGUACAUUAUGACAUUUAUGUUGCAAACCUAAACAAAAAAAAUAAAAUAAAAAUUAAUUGACUCAAUACCAACACAUAGUGUUUAACGGUAUAUAAAGGAAUAAAAUAUAUUUGUAUUGCCAAACAAACACAUCCUUAGUAUACACAAAAUAUCAUUUAAAGUCACAUUACACUACUAAUCUACGUUGAGAUUUUUCAAUUGAAAUCAAAGUGAAAACAUUUUUUUAGUUUACUAAGGCACUAUGGCAUUUAGUUCUAACAAGGUUAUUAGCGCUAAUUCGUGAUUGCCCAGAUUUAGCCUAGUUUAUUUUCACAUACCGCACUGCACUGGCUUUAGAAAUAUGGAGUUUUUAGUUACAUACUACAAAGCACUUUUCAAUUUUUUUACACUACUAAUUCACUAUUAUUAUAUACACACUUCUAUAUGUAUAUUGUUGGAUGUGUUUGUGAUAUUUUCAUUAUUGUUU